GGUGAUAGCAUCACGUGUUAUAGCUAUAAAACGAUUUUGACUAUUUGUCUUUUGUGUUUCUUACAUUUUUAAGAAAGCUGGUCCCUCCCAGCAACACAAUGGGUAUUGCUCGAACUCUCGGGAUAAUUGACAGCUUGUUCAGCCUCUGCAGAUUCUUCCGGCUUUCUAUACACCAAUCAGCACAUUCCCAGGAGUCCGGAAAAUAGAUGAAAACUUUACAAGCGAGGUUUGGGAAUAUUACGGAGAAACUGCAAAACGAACGGACGUGGGCUUCGGAUUGACAUAACCACCACGUCUGCAAACAUACUAAAUCUAGCGAGCUGACAGACGUAGUACGAAGAAGAGUUGAUCCAGGUAACAUUGAAUUAGGAUUUAUUCGGGUGGUCACGAUGGAGAUGAAGCCCAUGCGUGCUGAAAGUGCAAACCCUGAAGAGGCAAACGAGGAGUCAUCUCGGUGUUGCACAUGGUGUCAAAAUGUUCACACGUAUGUGUCUAAUUGGAUGCUUCCUGAAGGCGCCAGGAGUCGCUACUUGGAAAGAGCAAAUUGCCUCCCUCCACCACUCUUCAUAAUCUGCAUAACGUUGGCUGAGGUGGCUGUUUUUAUUUAUUAUGCUGUUUGGAUGCCUCAGACACAGUGGAUUACCCUUGAAAAAGGAAUGCUUGAAAGCCCUUUCACCUAUAUGCCUGAAAAGAGGCAGGAGGCCUGGAGAUUUGUUUCAUACAUGCUGGUGCAUGCUGGUGUUCAGCACUUACUAGGGAAUCUUGUCAUGCAGCUUAUUCUGGGGAUUCCUUUGGAGCUGGUGCACAAAGGCCACCGGGUUGGCCUAGUCUACAUUGCAGGUGUGAUUGCAGGCUCAUUGGCUAGCUCAAUAUUUGAUCCCUUACUCAGUUUGGUUGGGGCUUCAGGUGGCGUCUAUGCCCUAAUGGGAGGCUACUUUAUGAAUGUCAUAGUGAACUUUAAGGAAAUGGUGCCACUGUUGGGUGUUUUCAGACUGGCCUCUAUUUUGUUAAUAGUGGGCACUGAUGUAGGAUUUGCCCUAUACAGAAGAUUCUUUGUUGGAGGGACAAGCCUCCGUGUUUCCUUUGUGGCUCACAUUGCAGGCGGCUUAGCCGGAAUGACAAUUGGCUAUGUGGUCUUCAGCUGCUAUGACCAGAAACUGUUGAAGGAUCCCAGAUUCUGGGUUUCAAUUUUGGCCUAUAUCGCAUGUGUGGUGUUUGCUGUCAUUUUCAAUAUCUUCCUGUCUCCUGCUCCAACGUCUUAAACAGAAAGGGGAAAGGAUAAUGCAUUGGUCUUAUUGUUCUUUUAAAAUAUACAGUAAUAUCGAUAGUUUAUUAACAAUACAGUACCACGUGGAGAAGACCAGUUGGAACAAUCAUCUUGCACGACAUCACACAAUACUGGUGACUUACCAUUAAUCCUUGCCAUGAGCCUUAGUUUGUAUUUUAUUGAUCAUCUCGUCAUGUCAUGGAGAAAAAGAAAACUGAGUGAAAGACUGGUCUAAUUUUUUCGAUCAGUUCUAUGGUGCUGAAUUUCUAAUGCCCUUAUAAGCCUCCUUCUUUCAUAGACUCACAGAGCAAGGAAACAGGCCAUUUGGUCCAUCUAGUCCUUCCUGACCAUUACCCAACCAAUUACAUGAUUCCUACAUAAAUUCUUUCUUUUUAUUCUCUCCACAUAUGCAUUGACUCACCUAUACCCUAUGGACAAUUUACAAUGGCCAAUUAAUCUGUCCAUCAGGAAGGACUACCAUUCCUGUUCCUUCUGCCUCUGUUUCUGAAAUUGCAGACCCUUGCACACCAAAGUAGUCACAACCCUGAAGGGAUGAGCCAGAAACUGAACUGUAUACCCAAUGGAAUUCUCUGCAUUGAUAUCUAGAAUUUGGCUACGUACGGAUUUAGAAAUGUAGAGAAUUGGAAUUUUCAAAACUGGAUCCUUAAACUUCUGUUGCAGAAUUCCAGCCACUUCCUCUGCUUCUCCGGAAGUCUGUUUUUAAAUGAUCUCUGUAUGUAGAUGAUUCUGCAGAUACCCAAGGUUUUGUUCAUCAUUACUUUACUCUGAUUAGCAAAUUUUUUGUGAAACUUUUAUGAACUCUUCUGAUGCCCGGUUGGCGUCUGUUGCUUCUAUGACAUUCUUAUUGAGAGACUGUUGAGUCAUUUUCCAGGCCACUCCAUUACUUCCUUCUUCCUGCCUGAACCCCAUGGCCAUUGAUUCCCUUUGGUUCAGUAGUUUUCUGUAUAGUCCAAGGAAGCUUUACUCUUCUUCCUUCCAGUAUAUACUUGCAGUAUUAGCUCUUCUUUUAUCUAUGAUUAUUAAAAGUCAAUGGAAUUCAUAUUUUGAGUCAAUAAGUUUUUGAAUCCGUUUUUCAAAGUUCAAAGUAAAUUUUAUUAUCAAAGUCCAUGUAUGUCACUAUAUAAAACCCUGAGGUUCAUUUACCUAUGGACAUACUCAGUAAAUCUAUAGAAUAAUAACUAUAACAGGAUGAAUCAGGAUGAACAGGAUCAACCAGAGUGCAGAAGACAGCAUUUCCCUUGACUUGACAUGUGACUAAUUGGAAAUCUAAAAGCUGCGGUAUCUGAAGAUCAUAAUGGAUACAAAAACAUUGUAAUCUUAAAAAGAUGGAUGCGUGCUGAAGACUGAUAUCAUGUUUGAAAUAUAGCAUUAAGAAUGUGAUGGAGGACUUAGUUCUGGAACUGCAAUAUUACUAGAAUUAUUGUAGAUUAAAAUUGCUUUCUGUUUUUAUAUGUAAAUGAAAAGAAAUGUGUAUUAUUGGAUGUUCUUUUGCCAUUUGAUAACAGAACAUAUAUACAUAGGUUUAUUUACAUUAUACUUUACUGAAUGAAUAUGUAACAGGUAAUUUUGCUACUUCCUUUCUGUUAUGUACCUGUGUCAGCUGAAGACAUUUACCAGGAAUAUGGCUGCUUUUGAUUGUUAAUUACAGUGGAUGGAAAAUGAUUGGGUACCACUCCAUAACUCAGGAGGUGAGUUUGCACUGAGGAAGGCUGUAUCAUGUAUUAAGGUCAUGUCAAUAAGGCCGACAUAUUGAUGGCAAUAUUAUGGGGUGCGUAUCAGUUGUCAGAGAUAGAGGUUAGAAGCAUGUUUGGUAUUACAUUGCAUAUAGUAUUUUGUGGUUGGCAUCCGUCCAUCUCGAAGGACAAUGAGUGAUGAUGAUCAUCACAAGCCUGGGUGGAAGGUAUGGAGAUCCUGAGAUGCCCAGUUGUCAAGAUCCCCCUCUCGGCCUCACCAGCGUAGUCCAAUGGAAAGUUUAUGAAGCAAUACAUUUGGCACCAGGUUGGCUGCAGGAGCUGCCGGGAGGAUGUUUACUGACGUCCAGCCACCUUAGGGGCUCCACUCCGGAUUUGCUCCCUGGGUUUUACUCCCAUAGUCUUUGUCUCUCCCAAGGCUGCCCACAAGGCAGUGGGGCUAUUUAUCCAAAGCUGGGGAUCUGGUUCACGAGCACCAGGGCGUGUCCACACACUGGCGGGCCUGCGUGCUAUGUGUGCAAGGGCCAGACCUCUUCCCUGUCUUCUGUAAUUCAGCCUGAGUCUGAAAGGAGUUCAGUUUCCGUGUGUCAUCAGUGAGGAGGCACUACAUGAGGCUUGCUGUUGGAGAGGUUGUGUACUGGCAGGGAGAGACUUGCAUGUUCAGCUCUUCUUUUCACAAGACUGUUAGCCAGUGGUGGAAGCUGAAAGUGAGAGUGAUAAGCACUGCCCAUUACACCAUUACACCACCACACCGGACACAUCACAACCAUAUUUUAGAAGUAACUUGAAAGGUUGUGUGAGGGUUCUUCCAAAUUCUCCAAAAUAGCAUUUGAUUAGACAAAGGAAUUCUGGCUUCUGUAAUUUGAUGUUCCAAAGCUGUAAUUGUUCAAAACAAGGAAACUCCUGUUCUGAAAGUGGUGGGUGCAAUACCGUUGAAAUUCCAGUAAAUCCACAUGUCACAUUGGAUGUGCCUGAAAUGUGGGAAGUAUCGGAACCAUCGUGUUCACUGAUGGACCUGCUACUUAGAAGCCGAUAACUCUGGUGCACAGUUGCACAUUGAACAAGAAUUGUUGUCCUGCAAAGUAGUGAAGAAAUGAGCUUUUUGUUUGCAAAAAUGCAGGUAUGUUUGAUUUAUUUUUAUCAACAGAAUGUUCCUGACACCUGUAUAAGAGGUUAUGUUAGUUUGGUGACCUGUCCUUUAUGCAUGCACCAAAAUACACCUAUCAUAUUUAAAUUCCAUAACAUAAGACAAAAUAACAUAACAUAUCACUCUUGACAAGUUUCACUGCAUCUUUACCACAGACAUUGAUUCAAGUUUUGUAGAUUAAAGGCAUUAUGAACCAAUGGCACUCAAUCAAAGUCUGUGCUGGAAUGACUGAUAAAAGACAAACUAAAACUGCUCUUCUGACAGACUAACCUUGAUUCACCCUUGGUAAAUUGCUUUGUGUGGACAAUACCACACAGUAUUUAUUUUUGCCUUUAUUGUACAGCCAGUAUAGUUAUGCUUCAAUCUUCUGUCCUCAGUGAUGCUGGAGAGAAAGUCAAGGGCACCUGUUUGUUUGGGGAAAUAAAGAAAUUACAACCUUUGAAAAUUGAUGAAUGGGAACAAUUUGCUGGCUCCCCCCACAAUGAAUGCACACAGACUUUGCUUUUACAAAGGCUGAUUUAUAAAUAGACCAUUUUUAUUCACUUCAUUUCAGUGAAAGUUUCUUUUAAAUUAUUAUUUUAAACAUUUCAAAUAACUCCUACAUUUGUAAAUGGUAAAAUCUAUAAUUUUUACAUCUGUUGGCAAGUUUUUAAAUGCCUAUUUACAGUUUUAAUACCUUAAUAAGUAAAUGUGUUUAACAAAUUUUCAUCAUUGAAAAUAUUGUCUGCUGGUCAGCCAGGUAUCACAUACUGUAGCCAAUAGUAGUGUGUCUUUUAGAACCCCAAAUUUACCUGUGUUCUCUCAGUGAAUCCAGGGUCGAAUUUAUGACACCAUUUGACUCCAUUUGUCAUGUAUCAUUUUGUUUUAAAUAUAAUAAAGAACAUUUGUAGUUUCUGACUGACAAGUAUGCUGCAGUCCAGCUUUUCCUUGACUAAUGGAAGGGAUACAAUCCUGGCAAAAGCUUUAUUAGCAAAAUUUGAUAAGUUAAAAAGGCUGAGUAUGUCUGCACAACUCGUUAUAGUGAAAAAUAUUUCCAGGUAUCUAAGACAGGUAUCCUGAGGUGCUGUUGUAACUUAAGUGUUUGUAAGUGGGGAAAUUGUUAUAUUUUAAAAUAAUUUUGAUGCCAAUUUUGCCUAUUAACAUCUAAAGCAUCUAAAUAAUACAUUUACCUGUACAUGCUUUGAUUGUGAGAAAUAAACUGGAUUUUAAAGUGAAA